AUGAAGAUUCAUGAAGAUCCUGGAGUGGCUAACGUUGACCAGAAUCAAGUGCACUCAAGUGCCGUGCGGCUUCAGGAGACGCGGCAUGCGACCCUCCAUCACGGCGAGGCUGGUUUUGUGUCAGGAUUCUUGAGGAUGCUCCUGGGUGCUUGCGUGGCUCCCUGCCAGGGGCCCAUCACGGCUGUACGCUGGCGUGGAGGACUGGUAGCCUGGGUCAACAGCAAGGGCGUGAAGGUCGUCGACGUGGAAACCUACCAAAAGGUCACCUACAUCACGCGGCCAGACUCGGCGCUUUCCGGCAGCCUAUGCUGGCUUAGCGACGACGUUUUGCUUGUCGGCUGGGAUCAGGACGUACUCCUGGCCGAGUUUCACUCGAAGCCUGGGGGCCCGUCAGGCGUGCGUUUCGCUCGCAUCGCGCAGCGGUUUGCCCUCUCCGGGGACUUUGUGCAUAGCCUGGCGCAGCUGGAUGCUGCGCAGCUCCCAGGACCAGCGGCCCUGUGUGAAGCUUUGAAGCUGUGGCCGAAGACGGCGAAGCCUACAAAGCCACUCAUGGCCGCGCUUCAGAGAGCUCUACAGCCUGGUGACAGUGCUGAGAGCAUGGAAGGCCCAGCUUGGGAACCACAAGACGAGAAUUGCCAGGAGUCCGGUGCUUCUGAGGUUUUAGCAUCGCUGCACGAAGCAAGGGGUGACGCGAGGUCUGCCCUGCGACUCCUGGCUGCGGCCGGCAGCCACCGGGUCUUUGCGCUGCUGCAACGUCACCUGGGCCGAGGGGCGGAUCUCGGAGCCGCGGCGGCGCUGCCGCGGCUUGUUGCGCUGCAUCCUGGGCAGACGGCAGAUCUGGCAGCCGCCCACCCUCAGAGUCUGCCGCCCCAAGAAGUGCUGGCGGCACUAGCGCCGCAGGGCACUGCCUGGGAGCUGCGCUACUUAAGGCUCCUUGCUGAGCGCGAUGGUCUGGAGCACUUGGGAGACCGAGUGCUGCGGCUGACGGCGGAGUUGCGGCCACACAACCUCAGGUGGCCUGGGCUGCAGGCGCAAGGGAUGCAACAUCGGCGGCGCUGCUCAUGCUUGGACAUCCAGAGGAGGCUUUCCGCCUCCAGCUCUUUGAGAUCGGGAGCGUUGAGGGAGCCUUGCAUGUGCUAG